CGCAUGCGCCACCUGGAAAGGAGAGCUGCCGAGGUCGAAUUGUAGGAUUUCUUUAGUCCUGGUCAAAAUAAGGCAAAAAUGCCUACAGACUUUGAUAAAGGAGCAUAUCCGGAGCCUCCCCGGCAGACUCCGGCUGUGGACAAACAGACAGCUCUGCCAAACCCAGCCCUGAUUCUGUCUAAACUCUUCUAUUACUCCGUGGACCUGCCUGUCACCACAUUUAGAGAUGCUGUUGAUAGCAUCCGGGCUAAAAACAAGUCCGUAUACUACCACCAGAAGUUCCGUCGUGUUCCUGACCUGACGGAGUGCCAGCAGGGAGAUUACCUCUGCUACUAUGAGGCUGAGAUGCAGUGGAGGAGAGACUACAAAGUGGACCAGGAGAUUGUGAAAGUUGUCCAGGAGCGUAUGAGGGCCUGCCAUCAGAGAGAAGGAGCCAGCUACCAGCAGAACUGUGCCAAGGAAAUUGAGCAGUUCAACGAGGCAACCAAAAACUUUCAGUCACGCUAUGGAGACCUGGGAGCGUACGGCAGUGGCAGGAAAUGUCUAAUGAAGCAGAAAGAACGGAUGAUGGCUGCUCAGGCCUCAAGUGCUUAAGUUACCUACUAUCUGUCCUAUGUAAUAAUUGUAAAAUAAAAUGUAUGUGAUAAAUCAUG